CGGCUUUUUCGCGCCCUCUCCACAGGGUCCGGCCUGCCACUACCGUGCAGACCUGACGCUGGCUCAACACCUGUGACCGCACGUGUGCGCCCCGGCCGCAUCUGCAGUCACAGCCUGUGGCCACCUCCACCCACCAGCGCUGGUGGCUACAAUCCUCCAUCCACACUUGUGGCCCCCACACCUGUCCCACCGGGUCACACCUGUGACACUCGGCCACGCUCCCUGUGGCCGCAGCCCGACACCUGCAGUAAUAUUUACGGUGAUUCCUGUCGGGACCCGCCUCCCGCCCCCGGACAGAGAUGGCCAAAGCUCCCGAAAGGAACGCCCCGCGCCCACGUUUUGGGGAUUGGCUGCUGAGCCAGGUGAGCAGCGGCCACUACGCGGGGCUGCGCUGGCUGGACGAGGCCCGCACGCGCUUCCGUGUGCCCUGGAAGCACUUCGGGCGCAGGGACCUGAGCGAGGCAGACGCACACAUCUUCAAGGCCUGGGCGGUGGCUCGCGGCAGGUGGCCUCCCAGCAGCCUCGGAGGUGAUCUGCUGUUCUCAGAGGCUGCCCAACGCGCUGGCUGGAAAACCAACUUCCGCUGCGCGCUGGAGAGUACGCGGCGCUUCGAGCUGCUGCAGGACAACUCGGGCGAUCCCGCUGACCCGCACAAGGUGUUCCAGCUGCUCGCAGGGCCGCAAUGCACAAAUGGGGGCCACCUGCCCUCUGCCAAGGGGCCCCAAGUGCUGGCAGCCCAGCCGCUUGCUCCCGGCCCUAACGCCUCUCGCGGUGUGGCAGAGGAAGCUGUUCUGGGAGAUGCCCCACCUGCACAGAUGGCCUUGGCGGCAGACUGGGGGGCUGGGGACCCCAGCCCUCUGGCUGGCCUACCUGGCCCCGGAGAGGACAUCUUACUUCAGGCUCUGCAGCAGAGCUGCCUAGAAGCUUGGCGGGUAGACCCGACCCCACCCCAGCCUCUAGGCCCGGGGCUGCCUGCUGCAGAGCUGUUUGCCACCCCAGGCCCUCGGCCCGCACUCCCAGCUAUGCAGGCAGGUGAGGCCUCAUGUGGCUGGCCCACGCCACCCUCACAACCUGCUGUGCACACAGAGCCCAACCCUGGCAUCCUGGAUGUGACCAUCCUCUACAAGGGCCACCAGGUUCUGCACAAGGUGGUGGGUCAGCUGAGCUGCGUGUUCCUGUAUGACACCCCGAGCCAAGCCUGGGGGCUCCCAGGGCCCCAGCAGGUGGCCUUCCCCAGCCCUGCAGCGCUCCCAGACCAGAAGCAGCUGCGCUACACGGAAGAGCUGCUGCGACACGUGGACCCGGGCCUGCAGCUCGAGCUGCGGGAUGGAGGACUGUGGGCCCUGCGCAAGGGCAGGUGCCGGGUCUACUGGGAGGUGGGCGGGCCCCUGGUCUCCGACAGGCCCUCCUCCCCCGCCCGGCUGCUGGCACGCAACUGCAGUACCCCCAUCUUCAACUUCGGGGUCUUUUUCCAAGAGCUUGCAGAGUUCCGGGCACAGCUUCGCAGGGCCUCCCCGAACUACACCAUCUACCUGGGCUUUGGGAAGGACCUGGCGGCUGGCAGGUCCAAGGAGAGAAGCCUGGUUCUGGUCAAGCUGGAGCCAUGGCUGUGCCGCGCCCACCUGGAGGAAGCACAGCGCCAGGGCCUGUCGUCCCUGGACAGCAGCAGCCUGGGCCUGUCCGUGUCCAGCACCAACAGCCUCUACAACGACAUUGACAAUUUCCUCAUGGAGUUGGCUGCCUCAGAGCCCCAAUAAAGAGCACCCUGCGAACCA